CACCCCAACCCACGAGCUCCCUCCUCUCUCUCCGCCUCCACCCCUCGCGAGCUCGACACACCCGGCGGCUUCUCUCCUCCUCCUCCCGGCGGCGGCUGCGAUGCAGAUGGCAGUGGCGGCGGCCAAAAACGACGCCCCGGCGGCAGCAGCGGCGCCGCACCUCCACCCCCACGCGCACGCGCACCCGCACCCGCACCACCGCAUGCCGCAGCCGCGGUGGGUGGUCAUCCCGUACCCGCCGCCGCACCCCAUGGUGGCCGCGCCGCCGCCUCCUCCGCCGCAGUUCGUGAAGCACUUCGCGCCGCCGGCCUCGGUGACCCCGCCGCCGCCAUCAGGUGGAUCCGGCGGGAACGGGGGCGACGAGAACAGGACGAUCUGGGUCGGCGACCUCCAGUACUGGAUGGACGAGAACUACCUCCACAGUUGCUUCGGCCCCAGCGGUGAGGUGGUGACAAUUAAAAUUAUUCGCAAUAGACACUCAGGAGUGUCUGAGGGUUAUGGUUUUGUAGAGUUUUAUUCUCACGCUUCAGCAGAGAAAGCACUACAGAAUUUUUCUGGUCAUGUAAUGCCUAAUACUGACCGAGCUUUUAAGUUGAACUGGGCAUCAUAUAGUAUGGGAGAAAAACGCUCUGAACUUGCAUCUGAUCACUCGAUAUUUGUUGGUGAUUUGGCUGUGGAUGUUACUGAUGAUAUGCUGAUGAAACUUUUUGCUAGCAAAUAUCGAUCAGUGAAAGGAGCUAAAGUUAUUAUCGAUGCAAACACGGGCCGUUCGAGGGGCUACGGUUUUGUUAGGUUUGGAGAUGACAAUGACAAAACUCAUGCAAUGACUGAAAUGAAUGGUGUAUAUUGUUCCACAAGGCCAAUUCGAGUAGGACCAGCGACUCCUAGAAGAUUUCAAGGUGAUUCUGGCUCUUCUCCACCAAGGCAAUCAGAUGCUGACUCAACUAACAGAACGGUAUAUGUUGGUGGGCUUGACCCCAACAUUAGUGAAGAUGAACUGAGGAAAGCAUUUGCAAAGUAUGGUGAUCUUGCCUCUGUCAAAAUCCCUGUUGGGAAGCAAUGCGGCUUCAUUCAGUUUGUGAACAGAGCUGAUGCUGAAGAAGCACUACAAGGGCUGAAUGGAUCAACAAUUGGGAAGCAGGCAGUUCGACUUUCCUGGGGCCGCAGCCCAGCAAGCAAACAGUCUAGGGGUGAUUCUGGCCACCGACGGAACGGCAUGUACUAUGGAACAACACCAUUCUAUGGUGGAUAUGGCUACGCUUCACCGGUUCCCCACCCAAACAUGUAUGCCGCGGCCUAUGGAGCCUACCCUUACUACGGCAACCAGCAACUAGUCAGCUGAUAAGAGAGCUCCGCUCCACCGUUUCCUUCGAUGGAAAACAAGGUUUUGGUCCGGUAAGCAUAGUAGCGUAUGAUGAGAUACUAUAUAGAUGGCCAUAAACGUGGGUGAGAUGAGACAGGUAUAUGGAUGGUAAUCCGCAGAUUUGUGCUGCUAGUAGAACCUGAAAGCUUGUAGACGAUAAGACCUAUUCUUUCGAGAAAUUUUGACUUGCUAAUAAAACUAAAGCUAUUGGUUGUGUC